AUGACGCCUUUUAAAUGCAAAAACUUCCCUUCCUGGAAGUUGCCAGGGUGCCAGCCCUUUACUUAUCUCCCCAAAGGCGAUGACAUCUCCCAGUCACUCAUUGAAGCAAUUCAGGAUUCAUCCAUCUCUGUGGUGGUCUUAUCUCAAAACUAUGCCACUUCAAAAUGGUGUUUGAAUGAGCUCCUUCAGAUCCUUCGCUGCAAACAACAGCAGGCACAGAUUGUUGUUCCUAUCUUCUACAAAAUCGACCCAUCUCAUGUGCACAAACAAAGGGGAGCUUAUGAGCAAGCAUUCGUAGAACAUUUGGAGAAAAACGUAGAGAAGGUGGAGGAGUGGAGACAAGCACUUUUUGAGAUUGCAAAUUUAGCAGGAUUGGACUCCCGCAACUGCAGGGAUGACACAGAACUCAUUCAAAAUAUUGUCAAGGGCGUCAUCAACAAACUGAACCAUGGGUACUCAGGAAGUAUAUUAGAAAAUAUUAUUGGAAUUAAUGAGAAUUUGGAUCAUAUUGAGUCAUUGCUAGAAGAAUCCUCAACAAUUGGGAUUUGGGGGAUGGGCGGGAUAGGCAAAACAACAAUGGCUAAGGUUGUGUUUGUCAAGCUCCGCUCUCAAUUUGAUAGUUGCUGCUUCUUAGAAAAUUUUAGGGAAGAGUCAGAAAGCCAUAGGUUAAAAUAUGUAGGUGACGAACUUUUCCGAGAACUAUUAAAGGAUACAUCCCUUGGAGGGCUCAAUCGUAGAAAAGUUUUGAUUGUACUUGAUGAUGUUAGCAACACACAGCAGUUAGAUUAUUUGGAAAGUGAAGCUCCUCCUCUGGGACCUGGCAGUAAAGUCAUCAUGACAAGUAGAGAUAAAAACGUGCUUGAGGGAAGAGUUGAUAAAAUACACAAGGCCGAGGCAUUGGGCUAUGACAACGCGCUUAAGCUUUUCAACCUCAAAGCCUUCCGCAAAGUUGGUUAUAAAAGUGAAUAUAAAGAACUCUUUAAAAGAGCAGUUGCUUAUGCUGGAGGAAAUCCAUUAGCCUUAACCAUUUUGGGUUCAUUUCUACACGCCAAAACCGCAGAGGAAUGGGAAAGUGCAUUGAGAAAAUUAGAAAACACGAUCCAUCAAGAUAUUCAAGCUGUGUUAAAAUUGAGCUAUGAUGGACUUGAUUAUGAAGAGAAAGAGAUAUUUUUACUCGUUGCUUUCUUUUUGAAAGGUGAAUCUAGAAGAUGUGUAAUGACAACGCUAGAGAGCCGUGGCUUUCAAGCAUGCUUUGGUUUGAGAAUCCUUAUGGAUAAGGCGCUGAUAACUAUUGAUUCUGGGGUAUGGAUGCAUGAUUUAAUUCCAUCAAUGGCUUUCGAAAUUGUUCGUCAAGAGUGUGUGAAAAAUCCUGAAGGACGUAGUCGACUAUGUAAUCCUGAUGAGAUCUGUGAGGCGCUUGAAAAUAAUCAGGGAAGUGAUGCGAUUCAAGGCAUAAGUUUAGAUUUGUCUCAAGUUGGAGAUCUACAGUUGAGUGCUGAUGUCUUUAGAAAGAUGCCUAAUUUAAUGUUUCUGAAAUUCUAUUCUGUCGAGGUUAAAAGAUCUUGCAGUGUAAAACUCCCUUCAAGGCUUGAGGCAUUUUCCAAUUCAUUAAGGUAUCUUGAAUGGGUCAAUUUUCCCUUAGAGUCCCUACCAUUGUCAUUUUGUGCUGAGAAGUUACUUGAAUUUCACAUGCCUUACAACCACCUUAAAAUAUUAUGGAACGGAGUAAAGAAUUUUGGGAAGUUAAGGGAGAUAAACCUUGCUGAAUCUAAACAAUUGACAGAGUUACCAGAUUUCUCGGCGGCUCAAAAUCUUAAACAUGUUGAUCUUUGUGGGUGUAAAAGUUUAGGCCAUCUUCAUCCAUCAAUUUUAUCUCUCCCGAGAUUGAGCAGCGUAAUGCUUAUUAAUUGCAGAAACAUAAAGAGUUUGAAAUCUGAGAAUCAGUCAAAAUCUCUCGCAAAGCUAAUUGUCGUCGGCUGCAAUGGUCUCAAGGAAUUUUCAUUCACUUCAGACAAAAUAACUUAUUUAGAUUUACGGCCCACAAGUGUCGAGAUAUUGGACUUUUCAACUGGGUGUAUGGAGAAACUCCAGUACCUCGUUCUCAACUGCUCAAGACUGAAAUAUCUUCCAAUUAAUGACAUUUGUUGCAUGAGACGCCUUCAGAGUCUUGCUCUUUAUGAUAUUGGAGGAUUAAUUGACAAAUCAAAGCUCCAUAGCUUAUUUGAUGCUUUGCUAUCUCUAAAAGCAAUUCAUUUGGAUGGAGCAUUCAAAUUAACUGAUCUUCCAAACAAUACCAAACAUCUUUCGAGGCUACGAUGUCUUUACGUAAGCAAUUGUAAAAGCCUUCAAUCUUUACCAGAGCUUCCACCAUCCAUCGAAAAGUUAGGUGCCUACGAAUGCUCAUCAUUGAGGACACUACAACUUACUUCUCAUUUUGAACCUUCAUCGUUGGCAGAUAGAAAAUUGUUGGGUCCAACGCUCUGUUCCUCAGUUAGUUAUCUUAGAAAUCUUCAACGGCUUACUCUUAAAGGUUGUGAACAGUUGUAUGAACUCUCUGAAUUCAUGGACUCCUUUUCUUCAUUAUCUUCACUGGACUUGAGUGAAAGUAAUGCGGAGAGCUUGCCUGCCAGCAUCAAGCAUCUUUCAAAUCUAGAACAAAUUUUCUUGCGGAAUUGUAGAACACUUCGUUCUCUGCCAGAAUUGCCGCCAUUCCUCGAAACUGUUGAUGCUAGUGGUUGCAUGUCACUGGAGAUUGUACCCACUGUAAUAACUUCUGCACGACAACUGAGUUUCCUACAUCUGAAAGAUUGCUCGAAAUUGGAGAACUGUUCUUCAUCCCGUGACAUUGAAUGGGCAUAUUUCUCAUUGAAGCGAUUAGUAUACACAAAACAAAGAGGAGGUUUUGUUUACCCAGGAAGAAAAGUUCCAGAGUGGUUUAUGUUUAAUCAGGGAACAAAGGCUUCGAACUAUGUAACUAUUGAGCUUCCUUCAACCAAUAACGACCUAAUUGGCUUCAUUUUCUGCUCUGUUCUUUCUCAUUUCUGUUCUCAUGACUCUCAUUAUAGCUUACAAUGCCAACUUUAUUAUGAUAGUAAGUGGUGCAAAUGCCUACCAUUUCCUAUGCUCAUCGAAAAUUUUGAUUCACGUCAUGUUAUUCUAUGGUGUGAUCCUUCCACACUCAUAAAGUUGGGUAAAACAAUGGAUGAUCAAAACACCAAUUACAAGCCGAAGCUGUCAUUUGAAUUCUCUGUUAUUACAAGGGAUAACAAGUUAGUCGAUGGUUUGGUUGAAGCAUGUGGAGUCUGCCAAAUAUAUGCCUCGGAUUAUCAUACCUUCAUUCAACAAAUGGAAUCGAAGUCAAGCUUGAGUACUCAAAACAAGACUUGUCAUGAUGUUGAUGAGAAUUCAUUUCGUGGGAUACUAAAAUAUGUGAAUUUCUCGUUGGAGCAAGGAAAAUAUGGCAAUUUUGAAGGAAGUGUCAUUCCAGAUUGGUUUACUCACAAAAGUUCGACGAUAAAAGAUGGAGGUUUACGGGUGAGCGUUCAGCUUGCUCCAGAUUUGGAAAACUUAAUGGGUUUCAUUUUCUGCUUUGUCAUGCCUCAUUUCUCCUCAAAAGAAAGGGAUCAAUGUCAGUCGUCAUGUACAUACCUUAUUGAAGAUAGGAGUAAUGAUUGGACAAAAAGCUUGCCUUUGGAAGGUCCAAUAGGAUGGCACUAUUCAAUGAUAAGAUUGAAUUCAGAUAAUGUUUUUCAAUGGUAUGAUCCCCUCUUGCGUGGAUGCAUGCUGCGGGAACUUCAGAGAAGGAGAAAAUCUUAUGAUGGGGAGCUUGAAUUUAGAUUCAGGUGUGGUGAUGGUUUGGUUAAUUCGAAAUUUCAGAUUGGUGAGUGCUUGAUCAAAGAAUGUGGGGUUCCCAGUAUAUGUCUCAGAGUACGCAAACUUCCUCCAACAAAAAAAAUUGAAGAGGCAGUUCUUCAGACAUCGCCGAUCCACUUGCUUAAGCUGUGGAACCCCUCCUUCUCUCCUGAAAUCCUUAUUGAAAGAAAUCAGACUCAGCUGCUUCGAUCCAUGUCAAUGAUCUGGGCAAGUUCCAAAGGGCCUUGCGCAAUGAUGUGGAACCCGAAGCCUGCUGAGAGACCCCGUUUAGCCAAGAAGUCAGCUGCCAAGUUUACCCUUUAG